AUGUCAUUUUUCAACUCAUUAGGUCGAUCCAUGGGCCGCUCAUCACGGCCCAAAAAAUCGCCUACACAUCCCAACAUGCCCACGUUCGACCCUUCCUCGCUCUCCAACUACCCGCGCUCCCCGACCUCGCCGUCCUCCUCCAGCGCGCUCGGCCUCGGCUCCAACGGCAAACCGCUCUACCUGUGCCAGCCGUUUGUCGGCGCGUCACUGGUCAAAGGCUCGCUCAAAACCAUCUCGUCCGUCCCCAAGUACGUCGAUCCCAAGGAGUGGGUGGCCGUCAACCUGUUCGACUUCUUCAACAACCUCAAUCAGUUCUACGGUGUGCUCACCGAGUUCUGCACGGUCUCGGCCAACCCGACCAUGUCCGCGGGGCCAGGGUUGGACUACACCUGGAUCGACCAGAACCGCAAACAGGUCAAGCUUCCCGCACCGCAGUACAUCGACUACGUCAUGACCUGGGUCGGUGGACUCCUGUCGGACGAAGCGACGUUCCCAACGAAAGCGAGUCGUGACUUCCCACCGACAUUCCUGACGACGAGCAAGCACAUCUACAAACAGCUCCUCCGCGUCUUUGCGCACAUCUACCACGCACAGUACCAGUACCUCGUGCACCUGUGCUGCGAGGGACACUUCAACUCGCUGUUUGCCCACUUUAUCGCCUUCGGCAGCGAGAACAGGCUGUUUGACUACCGCGAUUUCAAGUGGUCCGGCGGGGCGCCGGGUGGCGGCGGUGCGGGCGGAGGCGCGCAGAGUCCCACGGCGACCGUGGCGAGUGCGGGUGGCAGCGGGGGCGGCUAUCCUGGCGUGUGCGAUCUGAUCGAGAAGUGGGUCGAGUUGGGCGUACUGGGUCCCGAGUGUAUCGGUCAGAGGUAG